AUGGUGCUGCCAAGGCUCCUCGUGUCCCUCGCGGCCCUCGCCGGCGCCGCGUCGGCGCAGAGCAUGAAGUUCAUCAACCCCCCGCCUCAGGGCAGCGAGCCGAACCCGGCCAAUUUCCCCAAAUUCCAACAGGGGAGCACAGUGACGGUGCGGUGGACCAAGGGCCCGGCCGGCAAGGCCAUGAGCCUUACGCUGUGGCAGCUGGAUCAGAAUACGAUGCAGUUCUUUGGGGACCUGGAGUAUUUGAGUCAAAACUUCAUCGACAAAGACUCCUACUCGUGGCUGGUAGCAACAAGGAAAGACCUCAAAAAGUCCAACCUCUUCUACUUUGCCAUAUUCCAAGAGGGCUCCGUGGUAUCCGACUCCAACAGCCAAUACUUCAACAUCACAGUUCCUCCCGAGGCACCUCCGACCACAACGGCCAAGACGUCCACGACAGCCACGACAGCCACGACGACCAGCGCAGCUACCCCCUCGGCAACGACACCCGCCGCCGGGGCCGUGACCUCCACCCCGGCUUCCGGUCAGGGCGAGAGCAACAACAGCGAGAGUAACAACCAAGACUCUGGGUUGAGCACGGCAGCCAAAAUCGGCAUCGGCGUCGCGGUGCCGUUAGCCGUGUUGGCAGCCAUAGGCGUCGGCGCGUGGAUGUGGUUCAGGAGACGCAAGACAGCUGCCGACAACGCGGCCGGGCAGCCCAUGUUGGGCGCGGGCGGGGGAGGCCACGGAGCAGGAGGUAUGCUCGAGGCUGGUGGCGGCAACAGUUACAACCCUGCCGAGUUCCCAGGGUCACCGUCGGCCAUGACAACGACAACAACGGCGGCUGCCGGGACGCCAUCACAGUGGGUGCCGGCGACGGCCACGACGCCUGGGUACUGGAGCAGUGGCGGCGCGGCCGGGGCCGGGGGAGAGGAGACCAACAAGUUUAUGAUGGGCAAUUACUACCAGCCACCCCUGGCAGAGAUGGGUCCCGGAUCGCCAAGGCCGACUGAGAUGAGUGCGACGGAGGUACCGAGGAGGGAGGUGUAUGAGAUGCCGACGCCGGAACCCCAUUCGGCGGUUCCGAGGUAG